AUGCCUCGUAGGACUUCAAGAGGUCGACAAAGGAUUCCGAUGAGGCGUAUCGAAAACCAAGACGACUUAUACGCAACAUUUUCAAAACGUCGUCGAGGUCUAUUCAAAAAAGCCGGUGAGCUAAGCACACUCUGUGGCGCUAGCACCGGAGUACUCGUUUUUUCUCCAACUAACAACCCAUUUUCAUUUUGGCACCCAUCCAUUCAACCUGUCAUCCAAAGAUGCAGGAAUCCAAAUCUACCAAUAGAUGAUCUUACACGAUCUAUCGAAGAUAACACAGAAGGAAGACUCCGAAACUACAACACACGCCUGGAUGAGGUGCUAGAUGAAAAGGAUAUCAUUGUCCAGCAAGAAAAACAAAUGGAUGAGAAUGAUCAAACUCGAGAGAAAGUUUGGUGGGAACAAACACCUGUGGAGAGUUUGAAUCAAGAUCAAUUAAAGGAGUGGAGGGCAUGGUUUGAAGAUUUUCUCUCUAAAGCUCAUACAAUUAUGAGUGAGAAAGUUGAAAAAUCAAACUCAAUUGUUGUUCAACAACAAAAUGAUUCAAGUAUUGUUGUCCAACAACAAAACACGUCAAAUUUUCCUACUACUCCAGACCCUAGGACGUCCUAUCAAGGUUUCUCUCUCGGACCAUCACAUGCCCCAACUGGCCAAAUGGUUAGACUAUCCCAACCUCCCAAUCCACAAAUCCAACCCCCAUUUAUUGGAGGUGGGAUUGGUCAUGUUCCUAGCCAGUUUUACAAUCAUCAUUUGGCUCACUUUCCACAACCAAUUGGUGGAAUUAAUUUUCUUCGAUUUCAUGGUAUGUUGAAUUACUUCCCUUUACAAACUCAGACUCAGACCACUACUGUCACUGCACAAGACCCUAAUGUGUUCAAUCAUGGUUUUCCUCUUAGCCCAUCAUAUACCCCACCUGGUCAGACGGUGAGACCAUAUCAACCUCCUACUGAGUACAAUAAUGUCCCUACACAAAACCUUGGAGAUGGAACUAGUCAUGUUCCUAGCCAAUAUUACAAUCCCCAGUUGGCUUAUUAUCCACAACCUAUUGGCGGAAUUGAUUUUCUGCAAUUUCGUGGAAUGUUCAAUUAUUUUCCUUCUCAGGGUCAGACUCAAAGUACUACUGAAUCUGGAGCAGCAUCAAGUGGAGGCCAAACUAACUAUUUUCCUUGGUCGUCUCCGAAUUUGACCUUUAGUGGUCCUAGAACUGGAGAAGCUUCUACUAUUAGUGCUACAAAUCCAUCUGUAGUUUUUUCUGAAGCUGGAGAACCAUCUACUAGUCGUGUGCAUAAUGAGACAUCGACCCAUGGUGAAGUAGGAGAACCAUCGACUAGUCGGGGAGAUUGA